AUGAAGCAUCUUGAUGCGAUUACGAACGAAGUCCAAGCGGGCGGCGUUGCUGUGAAGCCCUCCGUCCACCAAGCCCUCUGCAAAGCCCUCGCGGCGGCUUAUGAGCAGCCGAAAGAGCCGCUCGCCGCGACGAAGGAGGAAAAGCCUAACUUCGGAGCUUGGCCGUUCUGCUACACGAUCCAUGGACCUGAGUGCGUUCUAGGAAGGCUUCCGGGCCUCCUUUGUCCAGAAAAGCCUGGGCCCGCGAAGAUGGCGAUCCCAUUCGCCGACCUGCCCCCUGUCCGCCCCAUCGAUAACUGGUUCCGUUCCCCCGACCGGGCUGACCUGCCGCGAUUCAUACAUCUUGGGAUUCAACAUCUUGGGCCAAUCGAAUCUGGCAACGUGGCUAACGCGGUUUUCGACUACGUCUUUCCCCCCGGCGUCCGCUCCCAAGAUCCUUACCUACGUUACGUUUGGGACUUCUAUCGAGAUGUGGAGGAGGAGACGUGGAUACGCCGCGCCGAUGACGACGAACAACUCCUCGAAACACUGUUUCGCAUCUAG